AUGGCGACGAACCGAGCUCCUCCCUCCGAACAGGAGAUCAAAGGCCGCAUCAUCACUCACAUGAACACGCAGCACUCCCGCGAGCUCUCUCACUACCUCCGCCAUUAUGUUGGUCUCUCUGCUCGCGCCGCCACUGCCUCGCCUGCCAUACAGGACAUGAGCCUCACUGGCAUGGCCAUCAAGACCCUUAACGGCACUUAUGAUGUCCCAUUUUCGCCUCCCUUGUCAUCCUGGGCCGAAGCCCGCCCUCGUGUUAUCGCAAUGGACGUCACUGCUCGCGAGGCCCUCGGUAUCAGCGACAUUUAUCUUACAGAAUAUGCCUGGCCCAGAGGAUUCGACUGGGUCCCCCUCGGCGGUGUCGUCUUCUACUACAUCUGCUGUGUUGGCUUACCGUGGGUUGUGCCAGGGAGUGGCAUAUGGGAUACGCUCGAGGUGGUCUUUCCAGGAGGCCCAGAGUGGUUCCUGUGGAUAGUCAGGACGAUUUUCUGGAUAGUUUUUGGUAUCCAUGUGGUGGAGGUGUUUUUGCUUGACAGAUGGAGGCUGCAGAAGCAUGGUGUGCCGAGGUUCUCUAGGGUGUGGUGGGCAUGGACUAGCAACAUCUUUUUCGAGGGCGUGACGACCUGGAACAGGCUGGACUCGAUUAUUGCCGCGAAGAGGGCUGAGAAAGAAGGCAAGAAGCACUGAUUAUCUUCUCAUAUGUAUGAUAGAUAUGUGCGGGAAAAGGCGCAACAGCAUUGGGGGUUAUGCAAUUCUAGCUAGAUUUCAUGCGACCUUCGUCUAUAUAGCUAUGUACUCUCCACGCUUUCAAUUGACAGGCCCCUAGUCUAUUCUUCA